AUGCAGGACAACAUUGGGGUGGUGAUGAUGAACCUGGGGGAUCACGCAGCAUCUUUGCAGUAUCACGUCCGUGCUCUGCGAUUGACAGUCGGAAAGUUUGGAGAGAAGCAUGUGAAUGUAGCGGCAGUGCAAGACAAGAUCGGGCUUGUCUACCGUGACAUGAACGACCUUGAAAAUGCCCUCAAGUGGCACGAGCGAGCUUUUCAGAUGCGAAAUGAGAUCCUUGGAGAGAGAGACUUGGGGACAGCGACGUCAAAAAGUGCGAUUGCUGACGUUUACUUCCAACAAGGAGACUUUGACAAGGCUCUCAGCUUGUACACGGAAGUUCUCGAGAUUCAGGAACAAGUUUUGAGCCAUGACCAUUUGGACGUGGCAGCAACUCUUCACAACAUUGCGAUCGUCCUGAAGAACAAAGACCUUGAUGCAAGCUGGGAGAAGUUUGAGAAGAGUCUGGGGAUCAUCGUGGGGGUCUAUGGAUACAACCAUCGAAGUGUCUCAGACACUUUGAGCAGUAUGGCCACCAUCAGAUUUGCGCAGAAGAACUGGGAAUCGGCGCUUGACACCUUCCAGCAGUCUCUGGACAUAGCGAAUAACGUCCUUGGGAAAGAACACCCCGAUGUCGCGUCUACCUUGUACGGCAUGGGAGCCACAUACGCGAAGUUGGGCAGGAGCGAGGAGGCGGAGGAAAAAUAUAGGACGGUAAGAGGAGGCGGUGGACGAUCUUAUGAACUUAGAAAACCUCAUUUCUGUCGAUGCAGGCGAAGGAGAUUUGGGAGAUGA